GGUGCUGCGGUGCCACCCCGCGUGUCCCCAAGAGCCCCUUGGAAGGGUCGUCCCUCCGGCCCUGCGGCCCCUCAGCUGUCACCCACUGCCCAGUUCCAGGACGUGCCGGCCAUGCUGGAGCAUUUUGGGGUGCUGGCGGGGGUGCGGGCAGCCCUGGCACGGGAGGCAGAAGCCGGGCAGGAGCUGCUGGCCCAGGGCAGGGCACGGCUCCAGCGGUACCGUCAGGAGGCCAGCACCCAGCUCCAGGGCACCAGGGAUGAGCUGGCCCGGCUCCGCACACGCCUGGAGGCUGCCCACCAAGACGUGCUGCAGUGGGAGUCCUGCUGGACCCACAUCCAGAGCACAGCCAUGCAGAAGACCCUGCUGCUGGGGCAGAUCAGGCUGGCUGUGCAGAACCUCUUCCAGCAAAUCACUGCAGAGCUCAAGAUCCCCAUGGAUCAAGGCCAGGAAGACACAAAGGCCCAGUUGGACAUGGUGCUGCUCUGCAUGCAGGGCCUGGCUGACAUCUGUGCCACUGGCACACACCCACAGCACCAUGGCACUGCCAGGCUGCUUCAGGACCAGGGAUAGCCCCUGGGGACACCUGCCUGCUCCUGGGGCUGGGGAGAACCUGCCAGGGCCAGCACGGUGCCACAGGACCCCUGGGGAUGGAGGUAAUUCCCUGCAAGUCUGGAAACCCCAUGUCAAGAGGCAACAUGGAUGGCAGUGGCACAGGCACACUGGGGAGGCACCACACCCAGGCAGGGCCAGGGCACUCCUGAGGUUCCCUCCUGCACAGAGCACCUGAGGCAGAGGGAGGAGGAGGAGGGAGCUGCUGUUGGCAUCUCUGAACGUAUUUCACAUCAAAAUACAUCCCAGUGUGCAGCUGCA